AUGAUGGCUUCGCAACUGGAAAAACCAUCGGACCAUAACCAGCGAACCUACGUUGAAGUGCACUGCACACACCGCGAGAACCCGGCACUGAUAAAACAACAAUCCUCGGCCGUAGACAAAUGCGGCACCCACAAGGCAAGUUCCACUACUGAAGCUCUUUCUCUCGCGUACUCGACCGACAAAAUACUAAUGGCUCUGGGAACAAUCGGAGCUUUGGGCUCUGGCAUCGAGCGUCCCUUGACGAACCUUCUGCCUGUGCAGGUAUACUGCUGGUCCCUUACGGCGUCGCGACAGUCCAAGCGCAUCCGAAUCCUCUUCGCCAACUCCAUUUUCACUAAGGAGAUCUCCUGGUUCGACGUCAAUAAUUCAAUGCAGUUGUCGUCACGUGUGGGCGGCGCUACCACGACAUAG